AUGGGAGACAUCACGUUGAGUCCAGAGGAAAUUGAGAGGCUCUUCGCUAUCUAUUUCGAGCAGUUUCAUUCAUAUUUUCCUAUUCUUGACCCUGAAAAAACACCCACACAAUACUACGAUGCUUCGAAAUCUCUCUUCUGGAGCAUUAUCUCGGUGGCAUUACGUUCGUACAAGCAGGAACUGCUGGAUGACGUAGGCUCCGUCCUGAGUACUCUGGUAUGGACAGAGACUGGAUCACCUCAGAAGAAUCUCGCAGGAGAGCUGCGAUAUUUCGUCGUUAUCCAAAAGAGCUCGAAUGAAGCAUUUCAAGCGCUUGCGCAACUGAACGACAACCCGGCGUUGAUUGGUCAAGAAGCCUCGUUCUUUGCUCGCAUGGUUCAUUACGAGAAGGUACUCACGGACAUUGAUGCCCUGUAUGGGAUUGAGAUGUCACUCUUGAACAGGAUUCGCUCACAAGGUAGUAUAUUAUAUCUCCAACUACUAUACCUUUUGUCCAAUUCUGACCUCGAAGAGACUAAAAAAGGCAUCCUGAGGGCCUACCGGACCUCGACUACCUUGAUCCAGGACCUUAUUGCAGAAGAAACCAUCAGUACCUUUCUCGCUGGUGCACCCUUCACUGUACUCCGACUUCUACUUAGAGCUGCUUUCACAAUAGCUAAAGUAUGGUUUUCUGAAUUGGGCAAUCACAUCGAUCGCACCAGUGGAAAAAUAUUGUACGACGCUUCCGCACUCCUCGUUCGUCAGAUGUCGCAUCUUAAGACAAAGAGCGACAGGGCAAACCGAGCCGGAACAGCCAUGAACAUGAUAUGGAAGCACAUGGCGAAGAAGCCUGACUUGAUGCGGCAACCACCGUCGCUUCGCAUCCGGAGUCGAAUGGGGGCAAGUCUGCAGUACGACUGUCUGAUGCACUAUCGUGACGCAGCACAAGAGGUCGCAGGUCAAGCUGAGACGGCCUCACUGAGCGACAUUGGCGACAAGAGCAACGCAGCUACCAUGCGACCCAACCACACGGAUAUCAACCACGAGCAGUCGUCCUUGCCAUCAUAUGAGGCUUUCUUAGACACAGACUUAUCCUGGCUGGACGACCUUGUGAAUCCUUUGACAUAG